AUGGCCCAAGAAGAAGGGACGCACGAAGAAGAGUGGAAGGCAUACCAACUGCAACACGCACCUGAGGUAAAAAGAGAAGACGACCACAAUUGGACACUCGACACGUUGAAAUACAUUGGGGGACUGGACAUCACCUUUUCGACUAAAGAAACAAACGUCGCACUUGGGUGUUUGGUUGUUUGCGAAUAUCCGUCUUGCAAAGAAAUAUUGAAAUUGACUUUGAGAAAGGUCAUCAAUGUGCCAUACAUCUCAGGGUAUCUAGGGUUUCGUGAGGUUGAGGUGUACAAAGAACUCCUCGAGAUGUGUAAAAAGGAUCAUUCGGAGUUUUAUCCAGAAGUUGUCUUAGUUGAUGGGAAUGGUGUGUACCACCCAAGGAGAUUUGGGUCGGCGACACAUGUUGGGUUUGCGUGUGACAUCCCAUCUAUUGGAGUUGCUAAAACUGUACUUUUAGUAGAUGGUGUUGGAAAGACCGAGAUCAAUAAGGCUGCUCUUUCUAUUAACCCAGGGGAUUCCAUAGACGUUAAUUCAAAGAAAGGAGAAGUCUUGUGUGCUGUAAUUCGGUCGAGUGGAGGAGGAAAAAAUCCUAUCAUAGUCAGUUGUGGGAAUAAGGUGAGUCUGACGACAGCAGUUGCAAUAUGUAAGACAUGUUGUCUUCACAAAAUACCUGAGCCUAUCAGACUUGCCGAUUUGGACUCGAGGAAGAUGCUGAGGGAUGAAGGGCUACUUCCACAUCUCUCACCAAAAUAA